AGAACAAAAAAACAGUUAAUCUAAACGCAACACACAUUUUUCUCAAAGCGAAGAGGCAUCGCAAGAGAGGGCAAAAAGCACUAAAGGGGUUCUCUCCGCCGCCGCCGUCAAAUCUCGCCGGAGAUCUGCCGCCGUUUCCUAAUCCGCCGAAGUCUUGUAUCGUAACCCUCGAUUAGGGUUUCCGAUUUCGAAAUCGAAGAAAUCAAUUGGGGGGAGGUUUUGCGCGAUUUGGGGGAGAGGAGGGAGAGAGAGAGAGAGAAGAUGCCGAGGAGUACGAGGCACAAAUCGAGCAAGCACAAGGACGCGAGAGACCACUCGGAUUCGGAGAAGGAGGAGAAGAAGAGCGCGAUUAGGGUUUCAGGGUCUGGGGAGAAGCAGCGAGGAGGAGGAGGGAAGGAGUAUUACGAUAAUGGAGAGUACUACGAGGAGUACACGUCAUCUUCUUCCAAGAGGAGGAGAGGGAAGACGACGACGGGAGGAGGGGAGGAGGAUGAGAAAGGGGAGAGUUCGAAGAAGAGUAAGGUGUCUAGUGAGAAGAGUAGUAGGAGGAGAGAGGAAGGAGAUGGGGAGGAGACGAGGAAGAGUAGUAGUAGUGGGAAGCAUAGGGAGUCGUCUAGUAGAAGGGAAAGCAAGGAGCUUGAUAAGAAGUAUAAGGAGAGCAAAAGUGAGAAGCUUUAUGAUGGGGAUGAUCAUCACCAUAGAUCCAAGGGUCUCUCUGAUAAAACUGAGUCGAAAGCUGAGGAUCAGCAAAGGAGUCUAGGCACUGAAAGCCAUUCUGAGAAGCGAUCAAGGCGUAAGAGGGAUGAUCACGGUGGUGGAGACAAGAAUCAAGAUAACAGCGACGAUGACUACAUUAAAGAUGGGAAACAUAGAGGAGAGAAGUCCAGAGAUAAAUAUCAAGAAGACAAGGAAGAAGACGUCAAACAGAUUAGUGAAAAGCAGAGAGAAGACCGAUCUACUAAAGAGCAUCACAGGUCUGAUGGAAAGCUCCUCCCAGAUGAAAGUAAAAGGAAGUCCAAACAACAGGACACUGACCACGGUCAUGAGCCUGACAGUGAGCUUGAUGGAUAUCACGAGCGUGAACGAGACCGCGAACGUGGUCGGGAUCGUGAUCGUGACUAUGAGCGAGAUAGGGAACGUGAUAGGGAUAGAGAAAGGGACCGUGAUCGUCGGGAUUAUGAGCAUGAUCGUUACUAUGGAAGGGACUGGGACCGUGAUAGGAGUAGAGACCGUGACAGGGAUCAUGAUAGGGAGAGGACUCAUGAGAGAGAGAAAGACCGUAGUAGCCGUGACUAUUAUCAUGAAGGGAAACGAAGCAAAAGUGACCGGGACAGGGAUAACGAUCGUGACGUGUCGCGUCUAGAUGAUCAAAGUGGUCGGUAUAGAGAGAGAAGAGAAGGGAGGAAGUCUCCAGAUUAUCAGGAGGUGGUCGUGGACACUAGAAGCAGCCGAGCAGGGCCUGAUGGUGAUGUGAUAAAAUCAGAGCGUCAGCCUUCCAGUUCUGUGGUUCAAGAAGAGAAUGGGAAUGUGUCAGACCAGACAACAAAAUGGGUCUCUUCCAGGGAGGCGGCUGAGCUGUCUGGAGGAUCGGACAGAGGUACAAGACAGAAAGCGUCUGAGAAGACAGUAAAGACGGAAGAUGGUGUUUUGGGCGAGUUUCAUGGCUCCACAAAAGCUUCACCCCGCCCCAUGGUUGAAAGAUCUCCUUCUUCGACAAGUCUUGACCGGAGAUUCAAUAAUAAUCAGAGUAGUGCAAGAUGGAGCAGUGAGGUUGAAGAAACAGGCCUUAGGAACAAUGCGAGAGAUUUCUCAGCACCUGAGGAUGAAAGACUUAGGUUAGAUGAGACAUCACAGGGAGAUAUAUCCUUUAACAAUAAACCCAACCAGAACAAUUCUUCUUUUCCUCCAAGACCAGAAUCUAGGAGUGGCAUGAGUAGUCCUAGAGUGGGCCUUCGAGAAGACGACAACAGGGGCAAUACCGGUGGGCGUUAUAGGAGAGGCGUUGAUGGGAUGAUGGGAAGAGGGCAACAAACACAGGGUAAUAAUACUUGGAGAGGUGUCCCAAGCUGGCCAGCUCCACUUCCGAAUGGGUUUAUACCAUUUCAACCGCAUGGUUUUCAGACCAUGAUGCCACAAUACCCAUCUCCAUCUAUCUUUGGGGUGAGGCCUACAAUGGAAAUGAACCAUUCUGGAAUCCCUUAUCAUAUACCUGACGCUGAGAGAUUUUCUGGUCACAUGCGUCCUCUCGGGUGGCAGAAUAUGAUGGAAAGCUCAGGUGCUGCUUCUUCUCACAUGCAUGGCUUUUUUGGGGAUAUGAGCAAUAGUGCUUUCAGGGGGGAUGAGUCAAACAUGUAUGGAGGAUCUGAGUGGGACCAUAACAGGCGGAUGCAGAGCCGUGGUUGGGAGUCUGGUGCAGAUGAAUGGAAAAACCGAAAUGGAGAUGCUAGCAUGGAAGUCUCAUCAAGAUCUGCUAAAGAUGAUAACUCGGCUCAGGUUGCUGAUGGUGAGUCUCCUGGUGGCCAAACAAGUCACUCUGAAAACAACAGGGGGAAAAGCGUUGAAGCUGGGUCUAAUCUAACAUCUCCAGCGAAAGAUUUGGAUGCGAGGUCUCCUAAAAUUAAACUGGAAGAGGCAGCUGAAGAGCCUGUCACGGAAACUACUGAUAAGAGGAGCGAACGUUUUUGCCGGCACUAUCUGUCAAAGCUUGAUAUGUCGGUAGAGCUUGCUGAUCCUGAGCUGCUCAAAUGCAUCAGCUCAUUGUUGGAUGAAGAACAUCAACGAAUUGAUGAUGGAGCUGCUGUGUUUGUAAAUCUCAAGGAAGGUGGGAAGAGAGUGCCAAAAGGCAACAGUACUUCCUUGGCUACUCUUUCAUUGUUUCCUUCUCAAAAUAGUUCAUUGUUUCAGAUAGCAAUGGAACUCUACAAGGAGCAAAGAUUUGAAAUGAAGGGUCUUUCAAAUGUUGAGACUCACAGGCCUCCUCAAGCCUCUCCUCCUUCAAGCUUGGCCAAAGUCGAUGUGUCGGAUUCAGACAUGUCCCAAAAGGAAAAUCAGGAAGCAUCCUUACCUGUUGAUGUGAAUCAGGAAACAUCCUUACCUGUUGAUGCGAAUCAGGAAGCAUCCUUACCUGUUGAUGCGGGAUUGGAGACGGGAACACAAGUUGAAAGAUCUUCGUCUCCCAUCCCAGACAAGACACCGGAGGCUCUGGCCUCUGAUCAUAUUGAAGGUUGCGAGGAUGAUGGAAAGCCAGAUGAUGGAGAUGCUGUAGACCAAACAAUAGACAUGGCUCCUGAACAUGAUGCAGUUACAGAAGGUGAUCCUGUUACAGAAGGCGAUCCUGAUUCCUUGACCAUAGCUUCACCAGAAGCUAUCGAGGCCAUGGAGGUUGAUGAGGGGAAGGUGUUGUGUGAAGAAGACAAGGAAAUGAAAGAAGCAGAAGAGAAGGAAGUUGAAGCUGUUGAUGGUAAUGGAGAUGUAUCUCCAAAGGUAAAGGAAUCAUUAGUUAAUGAAACUGAUGAGUCAGUAAUAAGUCAGAUACAUGAUGCUACUCAAAGUACACAUUAAGACAAUUUCUAUUUUGCAUCUCGUUUCUGUUUUGUUUUUGCAUUUCAUUUUCAGUGCCUUAUUAAAAUACAUUGCUUAUUUUUUCUUC